GUUCGUCAAGGAAGAUUAUUUAUUUCACUUCCUGGAAAUCUUUCGAAACAAGUCCUGUCAUUUCAAAAUCAAUAUUUUGCAGUUCAACUAGGCACAGACACCCAAACAGACCAAUAUGAGUUACUACGGUCAAGGUCCCCCUGGAGGUUACCCUGGCCAGGCUCCCGGUUAUCCCCAGCCUGGAGGCGCACCUGGCUACCCACAACAACCAGGUUACCCACAACCUGGGGGAUCACCAUAUGGACAACCAACAGUUGGUAUGCCCACCCCUGAGUCUGCGUCAGCAGCAGCGUACGGGCAGCCAGGUGGGGGCAUGCCCUACGGCUCAGCCCCUCCAGGAGGUAUGCCAGGAUCUGUAGGGUUUGGGUCUUCUCCCGCCCCAGGUGGCUAUGGAGCUCCACCAAGUGUGGCUAUGCCGGGAGGACAACCAGGAUACCCGCAGAGUGGAGGCUAUGGUGCACCACAACCAGGUGGUUAUGCCCCACCCACAUCCGGCUACAACCCAGGCUAUGGAGCACCCCCUGCCUCCCAAGCUGGAGGGGCUGGCUACCCCCAGCCAGGGGCCCCUCCUGCUGGAGGAAGUUACCCUCAGCCAGGAGGUGGUUACCCAGGAGCUCCUAGUCAAGGUGGAUAUGGGGCUCCACCUGCACAGGGUGGAUACGGAGCACCGGGGCAAGUCCCACCCUCGCAAGGCGGAUACGGGCAGCCUAGUGCUCCGGCUCAGGGUGGGUAUGGCCAGCCGGGCGCUCCUGCCCAGGGAGGGUACGGACAACCGGGUGCCCCUCCCUCUGCCCCAGGGGGUAUGGCCUAUGCGGGUAAUGUGGCUCAAGGACACAAUGUGACCGCCCUAGGGUCUGGUGGUGCCAAUAUGGGGUAUAAAGUUAGGGAGGAUCCAACUCUGCGGCCUGCACCAAACUUCAACCCUGAAAAUGACGCAAAACUCCUGAGAAAAGCAAUGAAAGGAUUCGGCACAGACGAGAAGGCGAUUAUAGAUGUUCUAGCGUACAGGACCAACUCUCAGAGACAACAGAUUAAACAGAUGUUCAAGACAUGCUUCGGCAAGGACCUGAUUCAAGACUUGAAGAGUGAGCUUGGCGGGCACUUUGAGGAUGUGAUUAUCGCCCUGAUGAUGACAGAGACCGAGUUUGAUGCCUACGAGCUCAAGAGAGCCAUGCGGGGUAUUGGUACAGAUGAGGACGCCAUGAUUGAGAUCCUGUGUUCCCGUAACAACCGCCAAAUACAGGAGAUCAAUGCUACAUACCAGAGAAUGUACAGAACCAAGCUGGAGUCGGACAUCGUCAGUGAUACUUCAGGCCACUUUAAACGUCUCAUGGUCUCCAUGGCAAACGGUGGAAGGAUGGAAAACCAGACCGUAGAUGUGAACAAGGCCAACGCUGAUGCUCAGGCUUUGCAUCAAGCUGGUGAGAAGCGCUGGGGAACGGAUGAGUCCUCGUUCAAUGCCAUAUUUGCGUCACAGAGCUUUGAGCAGUUGCGCGCAGUGUUUGACGCGUACACUCGGGUCGCAGGACGUGAUAUAGAACAGGCUGUGAAAAGUGAAAUGUCUGGAAAUCUUGAGAUUGGAAUAAGGGCCAUAAUUAAAUGUGUAAGGAACAAGCCAGGCUACUUUGCUGAAAAGCUGUAUAGAUCUAUGAAGGGUGCGGGCACAGAUGACCGAACUUUGAUUCGCGUAAUUGUCACCCGGGCUGAGGUGGACAUGGUCCAGAUCAAACAAGAGUUCCAGAAGAUGUACGGACAGACACUGGAUCAGUUCAUCAGGAGUGAUACGUCGGGUGAUUACCGGCGCAUCAUGCUCGGAAUGAUCGGCGCGGGAUGCUAGACUCGUCCCCCUUUCUACUGGCGAUACAUCAGGGGAUUAUCGACGAUGUCUUAUAGCCCUGGUAACUGGCUCUGGCUACUAGUAUUGAAAUAGGCAGUGCUCAUACCCUUUCCUGCUGGAACUACGUGUAGCCUCAACAUCGACUAUAACUUCUUACUUGUCUCAAUUUUGAAUUUAACAUGCCGUCAUCUUAGCUGCGACUAGGCAUGACCAAAACUCUAAAAGCAACCAUCACAACUGGAGCUAGCCUCAACUUUAACUGUAACAAAUUGUCAUUUUACCUGCGUCUAGACCUGACCAAAACUGUAAUAGCAACCAUCACAACUGGAGCUAGCCUCAACUUUAACUGUAACAAAUUGUCAUUUUACCUGCGUCUAGACCUGACCAAAACUGUAAUAGCAACCACCACAACUGGAGCUAGCCUCAAUAUAACUGUAACAAAUUGUCAUUUUACCUGCGUCUAGACCUGACCAAAACUGUAAUAGCAACCAUCACAACUGGACCUAGCCUCAACUUUAACUGUAACAAAUUGUCAUUUUACCUGCGUCUAGACCUGACCUAAUCUGUAAUAGCAACCACCACAGCUGGAACUAGCCACUACCAUGAAUUGUAACAAGGUGCAACUUCAACUGUAACUAGCGACCACCAAAACUCGCCUCAAUUGUAACAAGUCUCACUUUGAAUUGCAACUCCACUGUGACUAGCAACCACCUGUGACAGUUGUAUUGAAAUUUCUCCCUCAAGUUUAACAAGCCUCUAUUUGAACUUGAACAAGCCAUAACUCCACUGUAACCAGCCACCACAACAUCUGUAGCUCUAUUUGAACAAGCCUCAAAUUGAACUGUAACUAGCCGCAACUUCACUGUAACCAGCCACCACAACAUCUGUAGCUACCCUCCCCAUCAUGUUGAACAAGCCUUAAAGUGACACUCUUAUUCAAAAUCAAUACAUACACAUGUAUAACAAAAAUAAAUUUGGACUGAUAAACCUUUAACUUCUUACUAAAUAAUGCACUUAUGGAAAAUAUUAAUUACUGAUAACAAGAUUGUAACCGUGUAUUUGAUAGCAGAAAGUGCAAAAAUAUUAAAUGGCUGGUGAAUGCUUAAAGAUUUACUGUGGUCUACUAUAGUCUCUUAAGGUAGAAAUACCGUGUUUUAUGCUCAUUUCUUUCAAAUUAAAUAAGAUAUCCGUACGAUUAAUGCAUCCCUUUUGGUAGAUUAAAACAUUUGUAUUAAUUGUGGUUAAUCUUAUUGGGGAGUAAGAGUCAGCAUCUUUAAUUUGAACUGUAACUAGCCGCAACUUCACUGUAACUUGCAGCCGUCUGACCUGGGACUAGAAUCUACCUUUUAGUACAUAUCGUACAUUCUUUUCAUCUAUUUAUUAAUUGAACGUCGAGUGUGGUUGUAUUAGCAAUAAUCAACAGGAGAACUGCUUUAUAUUGGUAACUGCUAAGUAGUUACAGCAUUUAAAUAUAGUUCAUGGAUUUGCAUGAGGGUGAUUUUAUAGUUCUGAAAUUGUUUGAAAAAGAAAACUUGAUUUUAAUACUUGAAUUGUGUGGUAAUAGAAUAGAAUUGUAGUGAAUUAGUGCAUUGUUUGAUUUUAGCAUUAAAAAAUGGAUUACUGUGAAAUCAUAUAUAUUCGUUGGCAUGAAAUUUCGUGGUUUGCCGAAAAAUUACAAUUUCAUGGGUACUUGAAUUCGUGGUUUUAUGUUUUUGAAAAAUAAUAUAAUCGAAAUUGUGAUUGUCCUAGAUCGACUGCAUUGCACGCGCUGGCCCAUGAUUUCCGUUGUCUACGUCACUUGGUUUAUGACACUCGCUAAAGUGGUACGACAUGCCAAUUAGUGCAUAUAUCCAUGUCAAUUAUCGAUUUAAUUGGAAAUUAAGGUCAUAAAAGAAGAUGUACCCUGACCCUUAAUACAGAUAGACGAAGCCAUUGAAUGCCAAUUAAGAAUUUUGCAAACUGUGAAAACACCGAGAAGGUCCGUAUAUUUGAAAAAACAAUCCCGAAAGAUAGCUGAUGUUUACGAAUUCAAUUACUUUUGAAUAUCAUCUCAGUUCAAUAUUUAUUCACAUGUACUGCGGCCUCUGUAACGAAUAAACUAGAGUAUGUACAUAACAUGGCAAUUGAAACAGGGAAUAAAGGGUCAAUAUUUCGUGGGAUCUUGAAUUCGUGGAUCACCCAACUACGAACAUUAAUGCCCCACGAACAUUAAUGAUUUCACAGUAUAUUGUUUGACAUUAAUUUAUUUAAAACUGUUUAAGGAACAUGAUGGUCAAGUAUCAUUAUUAAGUUUAUCUAUUUAAUCAUAUUAUUUAAUUAUGUAUACAUGUAUAUGUUGACUUGCUUGUUUUAUAGAUUAUAUGAUGUUAUUUUCUCAGACACAAUAGUUAAAAUAUUUUAACUUUUAAGGCUUAUUUGUUUUUUCUCAGAGCUUAAGUUACUUUCCAUUAUAAGUAGUCAGACAUGUCGGUGUUGUUUUCUUAAAACUUCUUAAGGCAUUUAUUUUAUCUCUAAAAUGUAUUUAAGUAAGUGUUUUCAAAGUAAAAGUAAGUAUAUUCAAUAAAAAUCAAUACUAUCAAAUGUUAGUACACUGUUUUCUGGAACUGUUAUAAAACACCAUAACUGCUGAGUAAAACCCACCAAAACACUUUAUUCAAAGAGAAGCCCCAGUAAAAUGUCACACACUGUAUAAAUUAUCAAGCCGCAUCUGGUAUGGGCAGUUAUAAUGCUUUGGCCCACUGACAUCUGGUGUUUGUUUUUGUUUUCAACUUUGUAGAGCUUAUUCCUAUAACCUUAUUUUAUUGUAUUUUUUUGUGUAUCAACUUAAAAGUAAUGCUCACUAAGGACAUAUGUAUUCUGUUAUAUACUCCUUCCCUGAAGUUGACUCUUUUCAAAGUUUACAAAUUCAUUACACUUUAUAGUUUUCUGUUCUGCAAUAAUGUUUUAAAUAUUUAAAAAAAAUCGUUUAUUUUUUUAUUGCUAAUUAAGUUUGAUAAAAAAAAGGCAUUAAAUUUUGGAGAACCAGUAUUAAAAUAGGUAACCAGGUAGUAUGAAUUGUUAUUUUGAAAAUGGUUGUGUUAAUUCAUUUUUUCCCCCUAAUCUGGACCAUUUUUCCAUACAUUUUCUGUGGACAUCAAAUUCACGUGGCCGAUAUAUGGUCAGUCAAACUUUUUUAUAAAUAACAUUAUGAGUGAUUAUUUUAAUCUUUUUUCACAGUGAAAUAUUGUUUAACAUAACCUGUACAAUAAUAUGGUUAAAAAAUCUGACACAACUUUUAAAAGUUGUCAAGAUUUUGUUGAACAGUGUUGAUCAUAAUUUUGUGUUUUUCAUAUCAGCAAUUGUUGAAGAUUUUUUUUCUUCUACUUCUUACUGUUGCUACCUUUGUACUUUUAACAGCAAUAGUCCAAGAAUUAAAGGGACACAUGCCAUUCAAGAGUGCUUUUACUGAAUGCCUGCAUGCCAUCUAAUACACAAGCUUAUUUUUUUUCUUUAUUGUUGUUGUAUAUUCCUUAUACUUUAUUAAUACAUACGGCUAAUAAAGAUUACAAAAACAA